AUCACUCAUUCCUUCUUAUAAAAUACAACUUUUGAAAAACCAGGAGAAUUGGAGAAAAUAAGUUUUCUCCGGGAACUUUUGGGGAAGCAACAAAACGUCAAAAACAUAACCUCUUUCACAACUCGCCAAACCUGGAAAUUUUUGCUGAGCUAGGAAGAAAUCCGAUUGGAAAAUGAGUUCUGCAACUGUUGAUCCUCGUCGUCCUGACAAAGUGAACAGGUACAAACCACCAUCCAGUAAUGGUCAGCAAGGAAAUGAGGAUUUAAUGCCUGAUUAUAUGAAUAUUCUGGGGAUGGUCUUUUCCAUGUGCGGAUUGAUGAUGAAAUCUAAAUGGUGUUCCUGGGCAGCUCUUUUCUCCUCGUGCAUCUCAUUUGCUAACAAUCGAGUAUCGGAUGAUUCGAAACAGAUCCUCUCAUCAUUUAUGCUAAGUGUGAGUGCUGUGGUGAUGUCCUACCUUCAGAAUCCAACACCUCUGACACCUCCAUGGGCAUCUACUUGAGAUUUACAGCCCAUCAAAAUUCCAAAGGGUUCAUAGCAGAGUCCAGAAUAUUUAUCGGAAACUGGGAAAUAUAUAUUUAAAAAGAA